UACAAAUAUCAUCAAGAUCAUAUCGCAGAAUUGGAAGAACUGGAGCGUGAGUAUGCAUCGGAUGAUGGAAGAUCACUGCGAAGGCAUCUUGCGUUGUUGUUGAAAGACGACUGUUGCGCCGUUGGGAAUUCUCAGAUGCGUGUCUACGAUCCAUUCAACGCUAGAAAACAACGCGAUUUGAGAAUACAAAAAAUCAGUAUUUCGGCAAAACAAUCGCAGGAGGAACGGCAAAGACAAAAACUGAAAAGGAUUGCGAUCGAAAAACGAAGAAAACUGGAGAAAUGGUUGAGCAGUAAAGAGAACAAGAAAAAAGAUGCAAUGUUGGAGGAAAAAGUUCGUAAGAAGAAUCUCGAUGAAAAACGCAAAUAUUUGGCGCGAUUGGAACUGAAACGCAUUUGUGAGAAACGAGAACGAGAUAAAUUGGAAGAGUGUAGACGAGUGAAAACAGCUGAGAGAAAGCAG